UGCGCCAUUGUUGUACACUACUGCAGCGAUCGGUGCUUUCCUGGACAAAGGCAGUCAUUCAAACAAAGCAUGUGUGCUGAAUUUCGUUAGAAUUUAAAGAGCAGCAAUGUGGAGAGUCUUACUGCUUGGUAUUCUAUUCUCUAGUCUGACUGAAUGCAAACAGAGCAAGACUGUAGUUCAUACGGUAAAGGUGACCGACGAAGAGGAUCUUGUCUUUCAUCAGGACAGCGAUCCCUGCAAAGUGCUGCGCAAAUACUGCAAAAAGGUGCAAGCAAUAGCCUACGACUCGUGCUUCUCUCAACUGUAUGAGCUCACACUCAAACAAUUCACAUCAACUUGGAGCCAAGUGAAAAACUUGAUGUCGUUCACGGUGUCUUUCUUUCUCAGUUGCAAGCCAUUCAAUCACAGACCAAAGCUGGGAACCAAAACAAUUUAUCACGACACUGUUGGUACUGGUGGGGAAGAGGUGCUGCAAGUUUCAGUACGAAACAGUACAGAAAUCAUAGAAGAAAUGUAUGGCUAUUUGCUCAAGGCGUCCAACAGAGAUGCUAAGGCUCUCCAACAGUUCAACGACCGUCGACCCAAACUAAAAAUGACUAAUGAGGAGAAACUGGCACUUUAUAGCAAAUCUAUUCUGCUUCUACCGACUAAUCUGUUUGUUGUUGAUCAAUUUGGUCUGGCUCUUAUGGCAACAGAUCAUAAAGAUCUGGCAAACACACUGUUUGAGAAUGCCGUUAAAACAGGACUGUGGGGCCAUCCCAUGCAGCGACCGGUUUCAAAAUAUGUUCGAUAUUUACCCGCCAAGCCAUGGCUUGAACCUAAACAUUUUCCAUUCCUCAGAAAGUUAGAGAAAGGAUACAAGAAAAUAAAAGAAGAAUUUCUCACUACUCUCAAGAACAAUCCUGAGCUGUUUACUGAGGAAGCAGAAAAUCUUCAUGUUGGUGGAAACUGGACCGAGCUUAGACUCAAGUCAUCGGGUCAUGGGUUUACAAAAGCAAGCGAAUCUUUCCCUAAAACAAUGAGGAUCAUCAAUAACUGUGGUCAGGAAUUUACUAGCAUCAAAUUCUCUGCUAUUCAAGCAAAUACUCAUAUUCAACCUCACACAGGACCUACCAAUGAGAGACUACGGAUCCAUCUUACACUCAUACACAAGGGAGGGGCAAAGAUACGAGUUCAUGAUGAAUGGCACACUUGGGUAGAAGGAAAGGCGAUUAUUUUUGAUGACUCUUGGGAGCACGAGGUAGUUAACGAAGGAACAGAACCAAGAGUUGUACUCAUCUUUGACAUCUGGCAUCCAGAACUUCCAGAAAACGAACGAAUAGUCCAUUGACAGCAAUCUUGCAAACAGCACUAGACAUGCACUCUAGUCACAUGUCAUCAGUUUUAUGUUUUGCAUAUUUAGUUAAUAAAGUAGUCAAUCUGUUUCAAUACAAGAUGUAACUCUAAUCACAACCUAGCCUACUAUACUAAUUUAUAGUAGA